AUGACGAAUCGCUACCAUCGCUUCGCCUUGGGCCAGUACAACCGAGCAGUCGCGCAUCUGAUCUCCCGCAUGAACUCCAAUGACCCGAGCGUGAAGAAUAUGGCCUUGAUUUGCUGUCUACUGUUUGUGGUCUUCAAGUUAACGCGGGGGCGGUAUGACCUAGCGAUUGUUCAUCUUCAAAAUGGGGUCAAGCUACUGGGCGCUGAGGCACAAAGGCCUAAUUACAGUUCCCUAUACCAUACACAUCCCUCUUUAGCCUUAGAGCGACAGAUUGAACCAUCUUUCGCCGCUGCCAUAAUGCACCUGGAUCAGCAGAGCGCACAUUUUGGAGUCUCCAAGCUACACGACGGGCUGGCUCUAGAAAUGUUUGCUGACCAGGCCGGCCACGCACCGACAAUCAUGGAUUUCCAAACUAUCCAGGACGCGUGGAUCGUGCGCGACCGCAUCUUUAUUCAAUUUUGCAUGUUUGGCACACUCUGUGAAUCCUUCUCGGCAGUUGAGAUCUCUGCGAACUAUGGUGUAUUAUCUAUGGAGCAGAGGAAACAGCAGGUACAGCUUGCCGGGUUUGCGGAGGCGCUGGAUCGCUUUGAGAAGGCAAGCAUUCGUGGCAGAUGUCUCACGGCAAGGGAACGAAGGGCCCUUGCAAUUCUACGUAUGCAUCAUGCGGCACUUUCAGUGACUACGGAUAUAUGCUUGAUCAAGUGCGGCGACACUAUCCGUAGUAUAUCCACGGGACGCUUCCACAAUGUCGUCGAUCAAGCGCAGAAUAUCACGGGCAGGUUGAUGGAGAUUGCCCCCCGAAGUACACAUCGCCGUCCCACACUGCUAAUGGAGACAGGCACUAUAGCACCUCUGUUCUUCGUCAUCGCCAAAUGUGAUGAUGCAGCGGUUCGCCAGCGCGCACUGGCGGUCCUGGAGUCUUGGCCACACCGAGAAGGCCUGUGGGACUCCCAACUGGCCGCAACGUUGGCUCGCCAGAUGAUCUCUCCCGAGGUGCAUUAG